CAGAGAAAGUCAUGCAUCUGCGAAUACUUAUUAGGUCAGUCAGCUUGGUUCUGCUACCAUGGCGAUAUCACGAACUGCCAGACAGGAUUGGACAAUACCGGCCAUUCUUUCUUGUUUAUGCUGUUUUUGGCCAACGGGAAUCUUUGCCAUUUUUGCUGCUUGCAAGGCAAAUGCUGCAGCAGCUAACGGAAAUGACGAAGAAGCACAAGUGCAGUCAAAUCGAGCACGUAGCCUUGUUGUCACUACUGUUGUUAUUGGAAUUUUCAUCAUGAUACUUUCUGCAGUUUUGCGAACGAUUGUGUAUUCAAACCACUACCGUCAUUAAAGACUUUCUCGGCAGGCAUACUGUAGAAUAUGAUAAAUUCAGAAGAACAAAAGCUUUAACAAUUAGAUUGUUUAGUUCAAUUAAACCUGAACAGGGAUUUGUCUUUCAUAUUGUUUUUUUAAUUGUUAUAUGAAGCCCAUGUACAAGGCGUUCGCUAUCCUUUGUAAUUAGCCUGAUGCUGCAUAAUUUUUCCUUUUUAUUGUGUGUGGAAGAAGAAAGAGAUAAAAGAAACAGAAAUUUACGAUUGCACAGGUAAAUGCAAAAAAUAAACACAAGUAAAUUAUAACUGUAGACAAAUGGAAAACACAGUUAGUGUAAAAUAAGUUGCCUGAAUGCUUACGUACCUACCAUUCUACACCGGUGCCGGUGAAAAAAGUACCUUCGGAUGUGACGAAUUCGAAAAGGUUUGAUACAUGUACCAUGCUGAAAUUGGAUAUUCAAAAUCUAAUCUGACGUUUGGAAUUUUACAUGUAUGUGUCGUAUGUGACUUAAAUGUGAUUUUAUUUUCAGAAAAUUGAUUUUGUAUUUUCUUCUCAGGAUGUAAAAAUGAGUAAAAUAUAGACACGAAAAAAUAGAUUUUAAGUAAAUCUUGAUACAUUUUUUUUUCAACGUCGUUUCAUUACAUGCA